CGGAUACUCCCAGAGAACUGGCGAGGACUGGUGUGUGUCUCUUCACCAUUCUCCACUAGGCAAUAUCACCAAUUUUUCUCCACUGAAGCACAUUCGCAGGGAUCUAGGAUGGAACCAAGUGAACCUGGCGAGGACCGUAAAAAAGCAAACCAGUUUGAUCAUUCUCUCCGACUUCAAGACUGCAGUGAGGAGAACCAAUCAGAACCAACCAACCAACCAACCAACUGAUUCUCCCUGACGAUGGCCAAUCAAGGGCAGUGUAAUGAAGCCAACUGCACCAACUGUAGUCUAGAUUACAGUGUCCACCAGGGCUUGUUUUCGGCAGUCUACAUCUUUAUAUUUAUCAUCAGCCUGCCCACCAGUCUCCUAUCACUGUACCACAGCUAUCUGCAAAUGAGGCAGAGGAACGAACUGGGAGUCUACCUUUGCAACCUAACAAUCUCCGACCUCUUGCACCUCGCUUGCUUGCCCCUGUGGAUUCAGUACCUACUGAAGCAAGAUAACUGGGUACACGGUGAGUUUCUCUGCAGGCUCACUGGUCUCGUCCUCUACGAGAAUAUCUACGUCAGCAUCGCCUUUCUCUGUUGCAUAUCCAUGGAUCGCUACCUAGCUGUGGUCUACCCUUUGAGAUUCCAUUCCUUGAGAACCAUGAAGGCUGCAGUUCUGGUCAGUGUCCUGGUCUGGAGUAAAGAGAUCGGAACAAGUCUUUUCAUCUUCAACCACAACGAGACAGUGAAAGAUCAAAACAACCACAUUCUGUGCUUUGAACAUUAUCCCCUUGAACCCUGGCAGAGGAACGUUAACUACUACCGUCUCUCUGUCGGGUUCCUUCUCCCCAUUAUUCUGUUGUCCUUCUUGUACCACAGGGUGCUGACAUCAAUAAACAAGAGCGAAAGCAUUCAACAAGACCAAAAGUUAAGGAUCAAAAAGUUGGUGUUGAGUGCCAUUGCCAUUUUCUGUAUUUGUUUUGCCCCAUACCACAUCUUCCUGAUGAUCCGAACUCUGUUUGAGAAUGACUGCUCCUCCGUGAAGAAGUUGUUCCACUUUUACCACGUUGGGCUGCUAUUGACCAGUUUGAACUGUGUGGCGGACCCCCUUCUCUACACCUUCGUCUCCGAGAGUACACGGGGGAUCCUGAUGAGACUCCUUGAGCCCAUGGCGAAGCUCAUGCAAGCACAGGAGAUGGAACAGAUCGACACACCAAAAUCCUGUAUCAUUAAUAUCCAAACCACUAGUUUUACCUCGAGGGCUAGCAUCCUCUCGACUCCUGUGAGAAUUGGGACGUGGAAUGAAUCCUGACCCUGCCAGGGCAGUACUGAGCACUGUCAAGAGAUGCCUUCUUUCAAGAGAGAUCAACUGCUGUCUCUUUCAGAUGGACAUGAAAUAGUCCAUGGAUCUGUUUGAAAAGCAGGGGAAAUGUUCCCAGUCUCCACCUCACUCAAACUGGUUGCUGCCCUUUAAAGGGGAGUAGAAUAUGUUGUGCACUUUUUCCUGUUCAAAGAUGUUGCUCUACUUAAAUAUCAAUGUAUUUUUUGAAAAAGAAUUCACUGCUUUAAAACCAAAACUUAGUAUUAGAACUCUUACACUGAGCCACAAACCUUUCGUUUUUAGGUUUGAACAAAGUUUAAGGGUGGUUCCCUGUAAGGAUUGAGAUUAAGAGUAAAAUGUUAGGUCAGGAUCAAAAUUGAGUUUUGCUAGUAAUAUUCAGGUUCGAUUAACUUUUCUGUUGCAUUCGCUCUCCACCCUCAAUUAAGAAACACCUCUAUUUUAAAAUUCUCUUCCUUGGCAUUUUCCUUUCCAUUCCUCUGUCCUUACCUCUCGCUGCCUUGGUGAAGCAGGCAGCAUAAUCAAAGACCCCACCCACCCAGGUCAUUCUCUCUUCCAUCAGGUAGAAGAUACAGGAGCCUGAUGGCAUGUACCACCAGGCUUAAGGACAGCUUCUACCCCACUGUGAUAAGAAUAUUGAAUGGUUCCCUUACACAAUGAGAUGGACUCUGACCUCACGAUCUACCUUGUGACCUUGCACCUUAUUGCACUGCACUUUCUCUGUAGCUGUGACAUUUUACUCUGUACUGUUAUUGUUUUUACCUGCACUACCUCAAUGCACUCUGUACUAACUCAAUGUAACUGCCCUGUGUAAUGAAUUGACCUGUACGAUCGGUGUGCAAGACAAGUAUUUCACUGUACCUCGGUACAAGUGACAAUAAUAAACCAAUUUCCUCCAGUCCUAUCACCCUGGGAGAUGUCCAUCUUCCCUGAUUGGUGGCCAUGCCUUCAGCUAUUAGUUCAAAGUGCUGGAACUCCUCCCUUCACCUCUCCAGCUUGCGCUCAUUUUGGACCCCCUCCUCAAACACCACUCCUCAGAUUAAGCUCCCCUCACUGCCCUUAAAUCUCCUGAUGUGGAUCGGCACCAGAUCCGAUGCCCAAUUAGCACUGCAAUUAAGCAAAGUAAAACCAAGAGUCUGCGUAGAAUAAAGUGGGCAUCCCAACCUUCCUGACCCAACACAAUCCAAAGUUAUCCCAUUCACAUUCUCUGCCUCUUCUGCCAUCUCCAAUGGGACCUCACCACCAAGCAUAUUUUCCCCUCCCCACCCCUUUGUGCCUUUUGCAGGGACUGCUCUCUCUGCAACUCCCGAGUUCACUCCUCUCCCCUGCCACCCACCCAUCCUGCUCCAACCCUGGGAACUUUCCAUUGUCCCCGCCAUACAACACCUGCCCCUACACCACCUCCAUCCAGGGACCCAAACAGUCUUUUCUGGUGAGACAGAGAUUCACCUGCACCUCCCUUAGUAUCACUUACUGCAUUCGGUGCUCCGAGUGUGGCCUCCUCUACACUGGUGAGACCAAACGCAGACUAGUUUCGCAGAACACCUGAGCUCUGUCCAUAACUGCGAUCUGCAUCUCCCCGUCGCCAGUCACUUCAACUCCCACCCGCCCCAACACUAUCACUGAUAUGUCAGUCCUCGGCCUCCUCCACUGCCAGGAGAAUUCCAAGCACAAACUGGAGGAACAGCACCUCACUUUCCGUCUUAGAACCUUGCAGCCUAAUGGCAUGAACAUUGAAUUCUCCCAUUUUAGGUAAUCCCCACCCCCUUCCCCACAACCCCCUCACACUCCCCCCCACCAUGCUUCCCUUUCCUAGCCUCUCUUUUUUCUACCUUUAUUUCCUUUUUCUCCUUACCUUUGACCCAUCCCCCGGUGGAUCUGCUCUUCCCUCCUCCCCCGCACCUGCCCAUCGCUAUCUCUUACCUGCAUCUACCUAUCACCUCCCCGUGCCCACCCCACCUCCCCUCUUCUGUCCACCUAUCACUGCUCUGUUUUUCCCUCCUAUAUAUUGGGCUUCCCCUUUUCCUAUCUUCAGUCCUGACCCGAAACGUUGACCGCCUGCUUUUCUCCAUGGAUGCUGCCUGGCCUGCUGAGUUCCUCCAGCAUCAUCAUAGUGUUUUUUAUCCCAUUCCAAGCUAUUCCAUCACUUUGAAUUGGUAUUGGUUUAUUAUUGUCACAUGUACCGAGAUACAGUGAAAAGAUUUUGUUUACGUGCCAUCCAGACAGAUCAUGCCGUACAUCAGUACAUCAAGGUAGUAAAACUGAAAACCAGAAUGCAGAAUAUAGUGUUGCAGUUACAGAGAAAGUGCAGUGCAGGUAGACAAAUAAAGUGAAAGGGCCACAGCGAGAUAGAUUGGGAGAUCAAGAGAUCGUUUUUUUAGUGUUUGAGAGGUCUGUUGGAGAGUCUGAUAAGAUAUCUCUAUUAGUCACAUGUACAUCAAAACACACAGUGAAAUGCAUCUUAUGCAUCGAGUGUUCUGGGGGCAGCCCGCAAGUGUCGCCAUGCUUCUGGUGCCAACAUAGCAUGCCCACAACUUCCUAACCCGUACAUCUUUGGAUUGUGGGAGGAAACCAGAGCACCCGGAGGAAACCCACGCAGACACGGGGAGAACGUACAAACUCCUUACAGACAGCGGCCGGAACUGAACCCGGGUCGCUGGUGCUGUAAUAGCGUUACACUAACCGCUACACUACCGUGGGAUAGAAGCUGUCCUUGAGCCUGGUGGUACGUGCUUUCAGGCUUUUGUAUCUUCUGCCCGACGGGAGAAGGGAGAAGAGAGAAUGUCCGGGGUGGGAGGGGUCAUUGAUUAUGUUGGCUGCUUUCCCGACGCAGCGGGAAGUGUGGACGGAGUCAGUGGAGGGGAGGCUGGUUUGCGUGAUGGACUGGGCUGCGUUCACAACUCUCUGCAGUUUCUCCCAAUUGCAACUUCCCAUCCUGUCCCAUCUAUGCCCUUCUCAACCAUUCCAAACCAUCCAUCCUCUCCCAGCUAAAACUAUCCAAUACCAACCCAUCCUGUCCCACCCAAACCCACACCAUCUCAAGCCAGCUGAAACCAUCCAUUCCCAUCCAUCCCAAACUGUUCCAUCCCACCCCUCCCCAUCUCAAACUCUGGAAAUCAAAAAUAACUGCAGAUGCUGGAAAUCGGAAAUAAGAACAGAAAAUGCUGGAAACACUCAGCAGGUCAGGCAGCAUCUGUGGAAAGUGAAACAGAGUUUAUGUUUCAGAUGGGAGACCCUUCAUCAGGUCUAUCUCAUCCUAUACCAUCACACCCCAUUCAAUUCCCUUCUCAUCCCAUUUCAUCCCAUUCCAUCCUGUUCCAUUCCACUUCAAACCAUUCCCAAAGUGAAUGGAAGCUCUGGUCUUGAUCAUUAACAAAGAGUUUUGUCACCAAAGGCAUGAACAAGCACAACGAACACACCAAAAGCAGAUGAAGGCUCUGGUUUCAACAAAGGAUCUUGGAUUCAAAACAUUAACUGUUUCUCCUUUCACAGAUGCUGCCAGCAAACUGUUCGCUGCUACUCAGUUUGGCCAAAAUAAAAUACUGCAGAUGUUGUACAUCUGGUAUAAAAACAGAAAUACUCAAGAGGUCAGGCAGCAUCUGUAGAGAGAAACUGUGUUAACAUGUCAGGUCAAUGUCCAGAUCUGUUGUCACUUUGGGUUUCAUGGGGAAUAUUUCAGAAUCUGAAUCAGGUUUGUUAUCACUGACUUAUACAACAUGAAUUGUGUUGUUUUGCAGCAGCAGUACAGUGUAAAGACAUAACAUUACCAUAAAUUACAAAAUAAAUAAUGCAAAAAUAAAGGAAUAACGAAGUAGU